AUGUCACUUCAAUUAUUAAUCCAAACGCAGAAAGUAAAAUCCUGUUGUUUAUUUAAAAAAAAUCUUCUGUUGAAUUUACAGUUUUUCUAUACGUUUAAUAUAAUCAUCAGCCGGAAACAUCACAUUAACAAGUAUGACAUCGAUUUUUGACCAGUACGAGCAGGCAUCUCAAGUAUCUCAAAAAGUGGUUCCAGCUUCUGAGCAAAUGACUUCAUCGGGUUACAUCAAUAUGCAGCUAGAAGACAAUACGCCCCUUUUUUCCAAACAGAGGAUGAAUUUUAAUCCUUCAGACCUGAUUACUCAUGUAGCAGUUGCAAGUGACUAUUUAGUUUUAGCUAUGGCCAAUGGAAAAUUGUUUAGGAUGGAUUUAAAGAUGCCUGAUCAACAAGAAGAAAUUCAGUACACAAAGAUCAUUCAACCAAAUUCAAAAUUAACUGCAAUAUUUCUGGAUCCACUGGGUUACCACCUACUACUAGCUUUUGCAGGAAGAAAUAAAGAUGGUAGUCCAGAAUUAGUUUAUCUUCAUCGCAAGAGUACUAAAUUGAAAUCAGUUAGUAAAUCAAGAAACUAUGAAGUAACUGAAGUUGGUUGGAAUUAUGAGAAUCGAUCUACAUCAAGUACAGGUCCAAUAUUACUUGGUACAUCUCAAGGACACAUACUGGAGAUGGAGCUAGAAGCUGAUAAUGAUAAAAUGUUUACUGCAAGCCAGCAAUAUUGGAGACAGAUUUUUGAUAUCGGCAAAGGAACUGAUACACCAAUUACUGGUAUACAAUUUCACAGAGUGAACAACACAAGCAAAUACUUUAUUUUUGUUACCACACCAACUCGGCUCUAUCAGUUUAUAGGCCAUGCCAUGAUCUCUGAUGAUAAACCAUCCCUACAAUCCAUUUUCCACUCUUAUCUGACAACUCCAGAAACUGGUUUUCAAGAAAUUCCAUCCACACUGAAGUAUUCAAAGUUACAGUUCUUUUUUGAUAAAAGCAAUGAACCUAAAACGUUUGCUUGGCUUACGGAACCAGGAAUAUUCUAUGGACAGCUGGAUCCUUCAUCUCAACAAAACUCUAAUUCUCUAUUUACACAAGGUGAACUUAUCAAUUAUCCUACUGACAAAAGUGAUGGAAAAGAAUCGACUCCCUUGUCAUUUGUAUUAACCGAAUUUCAUGCUUUAGUCAUGUACUCUGAUGGAGUUAAGAGUGUGUCUCUUCUCAAUCAAGAGCUUGUCUAUGAAGAUCGGUAUAAUUCAGAAGUACACGGAAAGCUGAAAAACAUUGUCAAAGAUUCUGUUAGACGUACCAUUUGGGCCGUUACCGACAAAGCCGUGUUUCGAUAUAAGGUUAAUAGAGAAGAGAGAAAUGUCUGGCGAAUUUAUUCCGAUAAAGAACAGUUUGAUCUUGCUAAGCUGUAUUGCCAGAAUAACCCAGCUUACAUAGACAUCAUUAAUGUCAAACAAGCGGAUUUGCUAUUCACAAAGGGUGACUAUGAAAAGAGCGCAGUGAUAUUUGCGGAAACACAAAGCAGUUUUGAAACAAUAUGCCUAAAAUUUCUAGAAGUUGAUCAGAUUAAUGCUUUAAAAGUAUAUCUGAGCAAACGAUUAGAUGCCUUAACUGAUGACGAUAAGACACUAAUCUCUAUGAUAGUAAUUUGGAUGACUGAAUUGUAUGUAUCACAGCUAGCGUCUUUGAGACGCUCAGGAAAGGAUGAUUCUCAAGAAUACCACCAAUUUCAGAGUGAUUUAGAAGUGUUUCUUCUUCAACCAAAAGUGGUACAAUGUAUGCAACAUGUAAAAUCAGUUGUGUAUGACCUAAUGUCCUCAUAUGGGGACAAACAGAAUCUAAUCAAACUGACGGUUAUUAAUGAGGAUUAUGAAAAUGUGGUCGCUCAGCAUAUUUAUAAGAAGUCAUAUCAGGAGGCGUUGAAUAUGCUGCAAUCUUUGAAGAAACCCGAGUUAUUUUAUCAGUUUGCACCAGUAUUAAUGGAAGAGACUCCAACAGAGACAGUGAAUGCGUUGAUUUCGCAAGGCGCAAAGUUAAGUCCCUCAAAGUUGCUUCCCGCGUUUUUAUCCUGUGAAAAUGAUGACAAGCACGCAUCGGAGAUAACUCGAUAUCUAGAAUUUAUGUUGCUGAACUUCAACGUGAAGGAUAAGGCAAUACAUAAUUACCUAUUCACGUUAUACGUUGAAACGGAUAAACCCGCUUUGAUGCGGUAUUUGUCACGACAGGGACGGGAUAUCACUAUGGUGAAUUAUGACGUCCAUUACGCAUUGCGUCUGUGUCGUGAGAACGGUUUAUCAGAGGCGUGUGUCACUUUAUCAGCUCUGCUAGGACUGUGGGAGGCCGCGCUAGAAUUGUCUCUUCAGGUUGAUAUAUCUCUCGCUAAGUCUGUAGCUGCGAUGCCGGAAGAUGUCAGCUUGCAAAAGAGAUUGUGGCUUGGUGUGGCUGAACACAUAAUAACAAAGAACCAGGAUAUAAAAGAGGCGAUGCAAUUGUUAGAAGAAUGUUCUCUUAUCAAGAUUGAGGAUAUACUUCCGUUUUUCAGUGACGUCACCACUAUUGACCACUUUAGUGAACCUAUCUGCCAGUCUUUAGAGGAAUACAACAAUCAAAUAGAGGAGUUGAAGCUUGAAAUGGAAGAUGCCACAAAAUCCGCGGAAUGUGUUCGCAAUGAGAUACAAUCGUUCCGUAAUCGUAGCGUACUAGUUUCGGUGACAGAUGUAUGCUGCGUCUGUGACAUAGCGUUGUUGUUGCGGCCAUUCUAUCUGUUCCCGUGUGCUCAUCGCUUCCAUACGGAUUGUCUUCUUGCGCAAGCGCAGCCUAUACUUGCCCCCGCGCGUCGCAACAAAUUAACGGAUCUCCAACGACAACUAGCAGUCUUGUCAAACGUUGAACUGUCAACAGUGACCUCUAGCGGACUCCCCUUACGUGAAGUACUUCGAAGUGAGAUAGACGACAUUGUGGCUAGUGAAUGUGUGCUCUGUGGAGAACAUAUGAUAGCCAGUAUUGAUCAACCAUUUAUUGCAGAAGAAGAUUGGGAUCGGGUUAUGAAGGAAUGGGAAUGAACGCUUUUGAAUGUUCAUACAUUUGGUUGUCGCUAUGUCUAGGUGUAAACCACCUCCGUUACCCUCAUCUGUGACUGUUUGGUAUACGCGGAGGUCUUUGUUCCUAUUUCUGGUAAAAGAAGAGUAGUUUUCAAUUGGUAUGCAUCGAAAUGCCUUUACAAAGUUAGAUUUUAUAAAACUAAAGCUUCUCAUAAAAAACAUUUCUUUCAAGUAAGACAGUAAUUGUAAAAGAAUGUAAACAUCGGUAUUUUUGUUGCAUAAUGUAGUUCAGAAAUUGUAUUAAAAGUUAAAAUCUCACUUGUAGUACUUUAUCUGAACAAUGUUAGAUUAUAAAUAGUACUUUAUAGGUAUUGAGCUAAAACUAACUCUGAGUUCAAUGCCAUAGUAAAAGGAAUUAUAAUGUAAACCAAAGAAAUAUGGAGGGAAAGACUGAUUCAAGGAAUUUAAAAACCUGGAAAUCAUAUAACAAUUGUAAAUAAAUUGUAUCUAUUUAUAUAAAAUGUAUUUUAAAUUGUAAAAUAAUAUACCUUAUAAUUAUUCUUUUAAGAUCGUUA